UUAAAAUCGGAAAUGAUUGAAGCCAUUAGGGAAGCUGUUGUAUACAUGUUGCACACACACAAUGGAGCCAGAGUAGCCAUGCACUGUCUUUGGCAUGGAACCCCCAAAGACAGAAAAAUUAUUGUAAAAACAAUGAAGACCUACAUCGAAAAGAUUGCCAUUGGGGAGUUUUCUCACUUGGUCCUCCUGGCAGCAUUUGAUUGCAUUGAUGACACAAAGCUUGUAAAACAGUUGGUAAUUUCAGAGAUCAUCAGUUCCCUACCUGUUAUCUUAAACAAUAAAUACGGGAAGAAGGUUUUGCUAUAUUUGCUGAGUCCCAGAGAUCCUGCACAUUUCCUACCAGAAAUAAUCAAAGUCUUACAACAGGGAGAUGGAAAUGCUUACAGUAAGAAGGAUGUGCAUACACGGCAGCACGAGUUGCUAGAAGCAAUAUCCCCUCCAGUCCUCCAGCACCUGCAAGAGAGCGCACGUGAGGUGGUGAUGGACAAAGCUACAAGUGUGGUUGUUGCAGAUAUCCUGGGCGCUGCUGUUGGAGACCUGCAGCCAGCCAUGGACUCUGUUGCUGAUCUAGCUGCAGAAGAGUUUGUUCCAGGAGGCAAAGAAGGACAGCUGCACGUGGCAGAGCACCCUGCAGGGCACUUAGUGCUGAAGUGGUUAAUUGCACAGGAUUUUAAGAUGAAAGAGCUUGGGAAAAAAGAAUGCUUUUCAAGAACAUUGCUGGAGCGUGUAGGUAUUGAGAAAGUGAAGACGUGGGCCACUGUAAAUCGUGGAGCUAUUGUUCUUUGUUGUCUUCUCCAGAGUGCUGAUGAAGAUGUUGCCAGUAAGGUCAAAGAUGCUCUGAAGUUACUGAUAUGCAAGUUAAAGAAAAUUGAAAAUGCAAAGGGAGUGGAGGCUUUGCUUGGAAAACUAACAGUGUUUUGAUGUAAAAUCAGACAACCUACUUUGAGAAACAAAACAAUAAAAAAUAAAAAUAUUGUUUUACCUGUUGGUUCAACUUAAGGUUGGUCAUGUGUUAUAUUGUGAUCAUACAAUUAAUACCA